AAAUAAUUUAGUGUAAUAUUGGCGAUUUAGUAGGUCCACAAGCCUUAAAAAUAAGAUGUGUUAUAUGAUUUGGUACUUUAAGAAUCUGCAGUCAAGAUUUCAUUAUUUUUGUUGAAUUUCCUAUUUUUUCUCCAUUUUACUUGUUGUUAGAGGUUACUUUUAGGGUAAGAUGAGUGAAAAAUCCAUCCCCAGAGUUCUAGAUCCCCCCGACGAGCAAAAAUGUCAAUGCGACCCUUCGCCUUGUUCCUAUGGGUAUGGUCUACUUCUCUGAUAAUUCCCAGAGGUCCCCCUUCAGUUGGGUUCCCCACUGAAGGGGGACCUCUGAAUCGUGUCGUUCAGAGGUGUAAUUGUACCACGUUGAGGUACUCGGCUAAUGUAUAAAUACAUAAAUUAGUGAUCUAAAGGUAACUUCUACUGUUACAUUAAGUUAUUUGCCCUUCACUAUUAAAAAAAUAUGAAUAAUAAUUGAAGAAUUGCUGAAGAGAGUGUAUAUGGGAAGGAUGGAUGAGAAGCAUGAUAUGAGGACGCCUUACAAAGAUAGUAGACAUACUUUCAGCAAAGAAACUUUAUCAUAUAAGGAACCAAUUGGCUUAUUCAGAGAAUGGUUUGAACUCGCGUCGAAAAUUCCUUCGAUUCGAGAACCGAAUGCAAUGGUGCUGGCAACUGCUAACAAAGAAGGAAGACCGUCGGCUCGAUUUGUGCUGUUAAAGGGAUUUGGCAAAGAUGGCUUUAAAUUUUAUUCAAAUUACGAAAGCAGGAAGGGUAAAGAAAUUACUGAAAAUCCUCAUGCUGCUUUAACAUUUUAUUGGGAACCUCUACAUCGUCAGAUAAGAGUUGAAGGAUCUGUUACAAGACUUUCAAAAGAAGAAUCUGAUGAAUAUUUUAACAGUAGACCUCGAGAGAGCCAAAUCUCUUGUUCAGUCAGCAAACAGAGUUCUGUUAUUCCAAACAGAGAAUAUCUGAGUGAAGAAAGAAAGAAGUUUGAAGAUAUGGAAACAAUACCUAGACCCAAAAACUGGGGUGGUUUUAUUGUUAAACCAGAAGUGAUAGAAUUUUGGCAGGGACAAACAAACAGAGCACAUGAUCGUAUUCGUUUCUCUCGUCAAGAAGGUAAAACGUGUUGCCCAAAAUUGUCAAAAAUUGGAGAUGAUGGUUGGGUUUAUGAAAGACUCGCUCCUUGAAUUUCAAUAUAACUCCUGGAAAUUUAGUCACAAAUGAGAUCUGAAUAUAUUAAUCAUGCUAUUAAAUUACAUGGAUAAUUAAUAAUCUAUUCUGUGAUACGUAUCAGGAUGUCUUCCAAAUUUAUAAUGUAAAGAAAUAGUAAAAAUAUUUUAAAGAUAAUAUUAAUCAUGUGUUCAAUAAUUGAUAAUAUAAAUAAAAAUAUUUGUGUACAGAAAAAUUUAAUUUUUG